UCCGCGAAAACUGCGAGGCUGGCGGCUGGAGUGCACUGGCCCGAGAGGAGCCCGGUUCGCGGCAGCCGGAGGAGGCAGCUUAGGGGGCAGACAGACGGACGGCAGGGAGGGCCAGCAUGCCCCCACUGCUGCACCCCGCCCUGCCGCUGCUCCUGGGCGCCACGCUGACCUUCCGGGCCCUCCGGCGCGCGCUCAGCCGCCUGCCCCUGCCGGAGCACGUGCGCGCCGACCCCCUGCGCACCUGGCGCUGGCACAACCUGCUGGUCUCCUUCGCCCACUCCAUUGUGUCCGGGGUCUGGGCAGUGCUGUGUCUAUGGCAGACCCCCGAGAUGCUGGUGGAGAUUGAGACGGCAUGGUCGCUUUCUGGCUAUCUGCUCGCUUGCUUCUCUGCAGGGUAUUUCAUCCACGACACGGUGGACAUUGUGAUCAGUCGUCAGACACGAGCUUCUUGGGAAUACCUCGUUCAUCACGUCAUGGCCCUGGGUGCCUUCUUUGCAGGCAUCUUCUGGAACAGUUUUGUUGGUGGGGGAGUCCUAACAUUGCUGGUGGAGGUCAGCAACAUAUUCCUCACCAUCCGCAUGAUGAUGAAGAUCAACAAUGCCCAGCACCUCCUCCUGUACCGGGUCAACAAGUAUGUCAACCUGGUCAUGUACUUUCUCUUCCGCCUGGUCCCUCAGGCCUACCUCACCCACUUCUUCCUGCGUUAUUUGGGCCAGAGGACCCUGGGCACCUUUCUGCUGGGUAACCUGCUCAUGCUAGACAUCAUGAUCCUCAUCUACUUUUCCCGCCUCCUCCGCUCAGACUUCUGCCCUGGAGGUGUCCCCAGCCAGCAACACAAAGACAAGUUUUUGACAGAGUGAGAGGCCUGCAACUUGUGGCAUGAAGAGCAAACACAGCCAAGAACAGCCUCACCAUAUAAGAGAAUUAGCCCCAAGUCUGGGGCAUCCUCUGAGGACAGGCUCUGCACCUACUAUUGAAAAUGCUAAUGAAAGCAGUCCUCU